UUCUGUAAAUCUCACCCUGAUAAAAAUAAUGCAAAUUUUUAUCGCUAUCAAAUUGUCCUGUCCUUGAAGGGAUAUUCCUGUACCUACUUGGACCGCCUGAGAGAUAUGAAAAAAAUCUCUGUGCAGAGAGAUGUAGAUUGGAGAAAAUGACGUGAGAGAAAGAAAAGAGAGAAGAUUGGAGAGAAGGAGUCUGGAGCCAAGCUGGCUGCAGACGAAGGCAGACGAAGGGGCUCGUCAUCGGCAUAGCAGAUUGGUAGGCGGUGGGGACUCCAAGCUUAUAAGUCACUGCGGCCCCCUCCGUAGGCCAAUAGUCGCAAAACGGUGAAUGAAGUGUGCUUAAAAGGAUCGCUAAUAGUUCAUUCUCCUCUUACGCAAGAUCCAAAGAAUUCUCUCAUUCAUUCGAGUACGACGAUUAAGCCGGUUGUAGGAGAGAAUAACGCGAUAUCAUAUAUACUCCGCUUGUUCACAGUCGGACAAAGUAAAAGACACGGCGGAAGAAUAUAAAAGAAAAAUAUCUAUAAAGUAUAGGAAGAAUCGUCAGGGUCGAUUGGUACUGCCGGAAGUCAAAGCACAGCAGUGAUGCCUUAAGAGAGAAGCGUGAAGAUCUUUGAUACGCCGAAUAAGCAAUCUUAAUCAAUUAUUAAUUUUCAAUCCGCUUACAUUAAUAACCACCUGAUCCACGAGGCUCAACUGAAUUCAACAAUUGUCUAACAACCGAAAAUAUUAAGUCACGAUGAGCCGCGACAAGAUUGCUAGGAUUCAAGACGUGUACGACACCAGGCCAUUGUUAAACGAAAUGUCAAGUAACAACAACAGCACCAGCAGGACGGGCUUAUGGCUUCUGUUAAUCCUGGUUUCGUGCGUCCUGGGCAAUCAUGUAGUGCGUGCCGAACCGGAACCGGAAUCAUCCGGAAUGUUCUACAGCGACGCGCUUAGUGACGACAUGGAGAGUCAAAUCCUGUUAAAGAGGUUAAGGCAGGUGAUCGAUCGGAAACACGAGGUAAUCGACCAGGAACGCGAACUAACGGCCGAGCAGAUUACUCUCCAGGCUAUACUCGAAGCUAAGGAAAGAGAUCAGAGGAUCAAUCAAGGAUUUCAAAGAGAUUUCUUGAACGAGGAUGCUGAGGCACUUCCGGUUCCUAGUGCCAUCGUUCACUCCCCCAUUCAUUCUGGCAAACGAACUAGCUACAUGGCCCUCUGUCACUUCAAGAUUUGUAACAUGGGACGCAAGCGGCAGUUGCUUUCCGAGAUUCGGGCGAAGAGUUUGCCGCUGAGCCCGUGGCUGUCACUCAGAUCUCGAACCACGGCGAUUCAGCUGCCACGUCCAUAGACUAACAGUUAACAAGCCACCAACCAUCACUAACAAGAACCAGAAUCAGAAAAACCACCAGCAAGAACAAUAACAACCACGAACGGCAUCCUUUUAGCGAAUUGGACGUCGAGAGUUGAUUUUUUUUUUUUUUUUU